UUGCCUCGUUGCCUUCGUUCGGACGAUGGUGUCGUAUUGCGCUGUACGCUAUUUGAGACAUUGGUGCAGAAACGAAUUGUUGCACGCUGCUAAAAUAACCGCAUUCCCUGCGAGAUGGCUUAACGAAGAACACGCGAGGCCGAUCCCGGUCCCGGAAAAGAAGCUGAUCAAAGUGGCCAUCAUUGGUGCGCCCAAUUCAGGCAAAAGCACACUCAUCAAUCAACUUGUCAAAAGAAAGGUCUUUCCUGUUUCCAAAAAGGUUCAUACGACACGAUGGAGGGCGAAGGCUUUGUUGAUCGAAAAAGACACACAGUUAAUUUUUGUCGAUACCCCAGGUCUUGUGACACAUUCAGAGACACAGAAAUACAAACUACAGCCUCAUUUUAUGACGGACGGUGAAAGAGCUAUUGGAGAGGCUGAUGUCAUCGGCGUCGUACACGAUAUGUCAAACAGUUACACUAAUACCAAAUUGGAUUCGAAAGUCAUGAAACUACUGAAUGCUUUCCAGUCCAAAGAGUCAUUUCUUGUCCUCAACAAGAUAGACACACUUAAGUCAAAGAGACAGCUUUUAGAUAUAUCUGAUAAACUGACAAAGGGACAGUUAAAACAACAUAAUCAUGAAAUUAACCAGAGAUUGUCUGAUAGAGAUAGCGACAAAUCUGUCAAAACUUACUGGACAAAUUUCAGUGAAAUUUUUAUGAUUUCUGCUCUUCUCAAUGAAGGGGUUGACGACAUAAAGCAAUAUCUUUUAAACGCAGCUUGUCCCGGGGAAUGGCCUUUUCCCGAAAAUGUUUUUACAGACCAAAAACAGGUGCAAAUAAUUGAAGAAACCGUUCGGGCCAAACUCCUUGAUGCCUUGCCCCAGGAAAUACCGUAUAACUUGAUCGUUGAAUUGGAAUUUCUGGACGUUGACAAAUGUGGUAAAAUGACUGCAGUAGUCCUCGUGAGAUGUAAAGCUUCAAGGUUAAUCAGAUUGAUCAAAGGGAUCAAAGGAAAGAGGAUUCAAGAAAUAUCCGCAGAAGCUGAACAAUCGUUGGCCGAUGCUUUUCUCACUGAGUUUUCACUUAGACUUGUUUUAGAAAAAAAUGCAAGUUUCCUCGAAAAUACCUUGUCGGAUAAAUGAUUGCUCGUCUUUGCUGAAUAUACCGACAUUCCUUAGUGACUCAAAGUUAACCGAUGGAUUCAUUUUGAAAUUAUUGAUAUUGAGAUGGUCAGCAAGCUUAGCAAUCGUUUCUUCAUCGUACUCAACUUCAAGGAACUCCAUCAACUUUCUUAUGGUCGCUGUCAUGUCCUACGAUGAAAAAUUAUAUACAAAUUUCUCUUGCAAAAUA